UUUGUAGUGAAGCUGUCGGUAUGCUUAGCGAUCUGGGAAGAGAAUGGAACAUUCCCGUCAUGACUGCUGGCGGCAGUGACGGGAAUUUAGACACCCGUGUACGCUAUCCAACGCUGUUACGCUUUCACCCCUAUCACCAGAAAGAAAUUGCCGACGUAACAGUCGGUCUGUUAUUGCAUUACCACUGGACCAAUGUGGCCAUCAUCUGCGAUGAUGGUGCCCGGGAGAUUAACUUUCAUCAGCUGCAGUGCACCUUUCUGAAGAAGCGCCUCAAGCACAUGCAUAGCAUAUUCCACUGUACAUGGAUCCGCUACAAUUUCCUCACCAACCCCGACCACGAACGCUUCUUGCUGGAAGCCACUCGAACCAGUCGAGUUGUCGUUGUAAUCACACAUGCGUCACGACUUCGCGAUCUACUGGUAGUGGCCCAGAAACUUGGAAUGGCAAAUGGAGACUACGUAUUUAUUUCCCAUGAAAUUUUCAAAUCAACUCUGGCGUUCGGACCCAUGGAGUGGAAAGCUGGCAAAGACGACGACGAGGCUGCUCAACAAGCUUUUCAGUAUUUACUGCUUAUUAGCGGCCACUAUGUCUACUUACAUCGUGAUCCUGAUCGGGAUCGUAUCAAUUCAACGAUACUGGAUGAACUGCGUGAAAGAUCCAAAAAAUAUUAUGGCCACACCUACAGCAGCAACGAAGAGAUCCUGGAUGAUGAGCAGGUGACCCUUUUCACUACUGGAUACUAUGAAGCCAUCGUCACCAUAUCCCAGAUUCUGACUGAAAAGGCAUGGUACCUUCAUGCGCACACGCUACAUGAUAAAAUACUGGAGAAAUUAGCGUGGGGACGGAUGUUCUGCUCGGAUCUGGGCUGUGUUAAGCUGAAUAACAAUGGCGACAAGGAUAAUAAUUACAGUGUGAAAAGCUUACCGGAAGAUGCAGAAGCGUUUCAGGAGGUGUAUUUAUGGGACAAAUCUGACUUUCAAUUGGUUCCUUUCCUGGGUCGCUCCGUGUAUUGGCCGGGAAAUCGUUCGGCACCGGCCAAUGUUCCACUGUGUGGAUUUUUUGGUGAAGUUCCACAAUGUCAGCAAACAAAUAUCCUGCCGUACGCUGUUGCUGCCGGCUCGCUAGUGGCCAUUAUCUCCAUUGCUGCAACGGUUGCCGGCAUGCGGCGAUACCAGAAUCAAGCCAGACGAGAAUCAGCUUGGGAAAUUUCAGUUUACGAAAUUAUUUUUCCACUCCGAUCGAAUAGCAGCGAUAUUCUUCCUGACAUAAUGCAGCAUUAUAUGGAAGGUCGAGCAGUGUACAAAGAAACCACUGUUUGGGCCAGGCGUUGCGCAAAUGUCCAGCGCGGCCAGAUGAGAUCGGAUUGGAUUGAUUUGAUUAAUGCACGCCUCAAUGCCAAACAUGAAAACAUUGCAAUAUUUAUCGGUUGCGCGUUUACUCCGAGCUGCGCUUACGUCGUCACCGAGUACUUCGCCAAAGGAUCGCUCGAUGAGCUGCUGGCACACAAAAAGAAAUGGAUGGAUAUGACGUUGCAAAUGUCACUAUUGUUCGAUAUCGCUGAGGGAUUGUCGUUUAUUCACACGACGGUGUUUAAGUGUCACGGCCUGUUAAAAUCAACAAACUGCAUGGUGACCGAUCGUUUUGGUAUUCGUUUAACCGAUUUCGGAAUUCCGUUUCUGUCGGCUAAGUGGAUGCAGAAGACGUCGGCUGGCAGUCAACGAGCACUGCUACAAAAAGCAGCCGACGCUGCAAGAGAAGAGCCCAGCAAGGAAGCGGAUAUUCACCGGCUGGGCCUUAUUAUGCUAGAGGUCAGCAGUCAGACCGGAGACGUUUUUCAUGGCAGGGAAUUCAUCAACAAUAUGUCCGAAGCCUCGGCAUAUGUCAACAAGGAAAUUAGAGGCCAUCCCCAUACAACGCCUCGCCCACGCUCGUCGACGUGUUGUACAAUGUCAUUAGCGGCACGAUGCUGCGAGCAAGACGCGGCCAGACGGCCGUCGAUUACCGUCAUCCGCAGAAUUCUGGAGAAAGUAUCCCAUCGCAGCGGCAAUAAGUCGUAUUUCGACCUGCUCCUAGACAACAUUAACAGCUAUGCCAACAAACUGGAGAUUCGUUUCCACGAGCAGAAUGGAUUCCUUGUCGAGGAGAUGGCAAAGUCCGCAGCUUUACUGAAGGAAAUAUUUCCUCCAACCAUAGCGGAAGCGUUAAGAUUCGGAAAAUCUAUACCUCCCGAGUCGUUCGAAAGCGCGACAGUGAUAUUUACCAAGAUUUGCGACAUUGGUUUCAUCACCACCGAAGGUCAUCCCGAGACGCUGUUCAACAUCUUGAACGAAAUUUAUAUUGUCAUGGAUCGGAUUUUGUCGCGCUUUGACGUAUACAAAGUGGAAACGAUUUCAGAAAAUUACAUGGUUGUCAGCGGCGUUCCCGUGCGCUGUGCGGGCAGCCAGCAUGCCGGUCAAGCGCUGCAGUUCGGAUGCGCCGUUGUGCAGUCAAUGUCCAGCACGCUAUUCGGUGGACAAGAAAUCCGAGUUUGUGUCGGCAUCCAUAGCGGACCUCUGGUUGCCGGGAUCGUUGGUAUUCGCAUGCAGAGAUACUGCUUAUUCGGCGAUACUGUGAAUGUUACCUCACGUCUUUCGACAACGUGUGAAGGUCAAAAGGUUCAGGCCAGUCCAGAUACAAAGCUCCUUGUGGAUACCUUGCCAAUCUUUCGCUUCCAGUGUCGAGGAACGAUCUCGCUCAAAGGAAGAGGAUUAAUGAAGACCUACUGGGUAUUCAUAACAGAACCCGCAAAGCUACUGUCUGCAAGCUCAUGAAGAAGAUGGAUGGAAAAGGGAUCUAUUCUGGUGUUAUGGCUUUGUGAAAGAAAUCGAGAACACGAGUCCUACAGACAGCAGAAACUGCAAACACGUUUCCCUUAUCUUAAGCUGGCGAAUACAGUACAUUACAGUAUUACGUACGAUGCAUGCGUAAUGGAAGUAAUCACAGUACAAAUAAAAUAUGAAUCACAAUGGAUCUGAAAGGGCAGUAGAAACUGAAACCGUGGCUAAAAAUAAAA